AUGAGGAGAUAUAAGCAGGUGCCCGAGUGGUGGUUCAUCUGCAUCCUUACUGUUAAUAUUGCUGUAACUGUAUUUGCUUGUGAAUACUACAUCGAGCAACUCCAGCUGCCCUGGUGGGGAGUACUGCUGGCAUGUGCCAUUGCCUUUUUCUUUACCCUCCCAAUCGGAAUUAUCACAGCAACUACGAAUCAGGUACGCAAUUUGACAAAUUGCAUAUCAUGUCAUACAACUCCAGACCACCAGUUCCCUGAUUUUUUAUUCUUUCGUUAUAUGCAGACUCCAGGAUUGAACAUCAUCACAGAGUACAUCAUGGGGUACCUGUACCCUGGACGGCCCGUCGCGAAUAUGUGCUUCAAGGUAUAUGGCUACAUCAGCAUGAGCCAAGCUCUGACGUUUCUGCAAGAUUUUAAGUCGGGCCACUACAUGAAGAUUCCCCCAAGGACCAUGUUCAUGGCUCAGGUAAAGCUUCUACUCAUAUAG